AUCCUAAGGUUCCAGUCAAUAAUACUGGCCUUAAUAAUCAAGAAGCUCUUGUUGAUAAUAUUGAGAAUCUUGAUGACGAGGUUCAAGUUAAUUAUACUGAGAACCUUGAUAAUAAUUCAGACGAAGAUGAAUUAAAUUGUUUUAAACUUCCUGAUGACGAAUACGAUUUCUUAAAUUCUUGUAAAGAAUCCAAAAUUGCAUGUAAACGCGUUUUACCCAAAACGCAGGAAGAAUUCAACAUACUGGAAAAACUUGGUUUAACAUACGUUUCAGGUCAAUACGAAGCAACUGACUCAGGAAAAUUUCAUGAACAAUGUUAUUUUCAAUUCGAUAAACGCCAAACUAUAACUUCUGUAAAGAAAUUAUUUAAUCAUCAAACGAUGAAUUUCUCUAAAUAUUUAAAUGGCGAUUCUGAUAAGAAUCGCGACUAUAAUUGUAUCGAUAAACGUUCUUUCGCUCGUUGGAAAGCUUCAGAAUUAUCAAGUGAGGAAAUUGGACCUUGGAUUUUUGGUAAUUAUCGUUACUUAGGAACGUCUACCGAAUUAAAAAAAA